AUGGUGUAUGAUCCACAGACCGCGUGCCUCCCCGUGUGUUUUGGACUGACCGCACCGCGCCGCGCGGGGCCUCAGUGCAGCCGUCUCCCCGUGUCGGAGCGCUGCUCUGCGUGGAACAUAGGGGAGCUCGGCUCGGUGCGCUCCGGUCCAGGGCCCGACGAAGCGGUGUGGAGGGAGCCCGGAGAAGCCGUGACCGUCCGGUGCCGAUCUUCCCAUCCGAAGCCCGAGUACCUGAGUCUGAUGACGGGUCGCGGCACCGUCGCCCCCGAAUACCGAGGCAGACUUCGGUGCAGCGAAACGUUUCCGGACGUGGACGUCGUCAUCGACCCCGUGACUCCCGCCGACGCGGGGCGGUACGAGUGUGUGUAUUUGAAAUACGAUCGCCAACGGCGACCCGUGGAGUUGCCGGGCACGGGGUCGGUGUUCUUGGUCAUGCCGCAGCCGUCGUCGCCGGGCGAGAGGUGUCGAGACGAGCGAUGGGAUGACAUCCCCCCUACGACACUGGCGACCUGCGCCUUUGUUGUCCUGGUCGUCGUCGUCGUCGCGUGGUGCUUCGCGUGGACGCUCCUGAAGGCGUGCAGGAUGUCGAAGGAAGCGCUGCGCCGGUGGCGGCAGCGGCAGGAGAGGAAGAAGCUGCAGCGGUUCCCCCUCGACGACGUGUACGAGGACAUGAACGCGACGGUGGCGCGCUAG